UCUGGCGGCGACUUCCGCGAAGAGGAGAUGGCAGAGCCGUCUGGGUCUCGGCACCGCUCGCUGUACAAACUGGGCUCGCCUCCUUGGAAAGAGGCUUUCAGGCAGGGAUGCCUGGAAAGAAUGAGAAACAGCCGGGAAAGGCUCCUGAACAAAUAUCGCCAGGCUGGAGGCAACAAGCCAGGGAGAGCUCAGAACACCUUUCUAGUGCAAGAGGUGAUGGAAGAAGAGUGGCAUGCUUUGCAGUCAAUGGAAGGCUGUCCAGAGGCCUUGGCUCAGUUGGAGGAGCUGGUGGACUUGGCUGUGCUGGAGGAAGUCCAACAGGAGCUGAUUGACCAAGAACAGUCCAUUAUCAGUGAAUAUGAGAAGAGCUUGCAGUUUGAUGAAAAGUGUGUCAGCAUCAUACUGUCUGAGUGGGAAGCAAACUCCCUCAUCUGUCCUGUGUGUACAAAGUACAACCUGAGAAUAACAAGCGGUGUGGUCAUGUGUCAGUGUGGCCUGUACAUCCCAUCUCAUUCUCCAGAAUUGACAGAGCAGCAACUCCGCGCCUGUUUAGACGCCAGUGUGAAUGAGCACAGUGCACACUGUCCCCACACACCUGAAUUUUCAGUCACUGAAGGGACAGAAGAAAAGUCCAGUCUUCUCAUGAGCUGUCCGAAAAUCUGCCCCUUGGAGGAAAGGAAGGAGCACUGGAGGGUUGCAUCAGCUAAGGACCAAGAGCAGCCCUGGCCCCAGGAAGGGGAAGCCUCACAAAGAACAAUAAGCUGCAGUACAGUCCUUCUUCAGAGUACUUGUGGGAAGUUUUAUAACCACAAAGCAGGCCAGAAACACCAAUUAAUGAACAAUUUCAAGGUACAAGAAUCCACCUAACAAAUCACGUUCCAAAGUUUGAGUCAAAAUUAGAAGUGAUGUGAGAUUUGAAACACUGCUGGGCUGCCCAACUCCAGCAGGCAUUAUGUGCACACAACAGCACACUGUAAACGUGUGGCCUCGGGAGCUGUGCCAACCAGCUGCCUUGCUAGGAAGCCGCUUUCCCAUAAGAACAAUGACGGUCUGAGGUUCAGCCACAAAAUCUGUCUGAUCUGCAAUGUGAUGACCAAGUUGAGCUCCUAGAACAGGGGUGUCCAAACUUUUUUUAAUGUUUUUCACCAAGGGCCAUAUUCGGUAAAAUACACAAACAAACAGCCGGGCCACUUACUCGAGGUGAAGUACGUAUUGCCUCACUUGGUUUAUUUAAGUAAACUAAAUAUACUUUUUGGAAUGUCCUGCGGGCCAAUUAACAAUGGAUUGUGGACCACAGUUGACCGAUGGGCCGCAGUUUUGACACCCGUCUUAGAACAUAAUUUAUAAUGCCCCCAAACUGGCCAUGACUCACCCUAGGAAAACGGUUUAGGUGAAAAUUACAGAAUUGACCUACUUGUAUAUGUGGGGAAAAACACAAUAUGCCACUACGCCAAAAAAAAAAAAAAAAA